AUGGCAGGGAAAGGGAGAGUGAUUUCCAAAAGAUUUGGAGUGUUUGCAUUGAUGUUUGUGUUUGCUAUAGGGAUAGCUCAGUGCCGGAGGUUUGAGAAGGAUAAUUUCGGUGGUGGUUUGGGUGGUGGUGCUGGUGUAGGAGGUGGAGCUGGUGGAGGGCUCGGCGGUGGCGCUGGUUUAGGAGGUGGAGGGGGACUUGGUGGUGGUGGUGGAGCCGGUGGUGGCGCUGGAGGAGGUCUUGGUGGCGGUCUGGGAGGCGGAGCAGGAGGAGGUCUUGGUGGCGGUUUAGGAGGUGGAGCUGGCGGUGGAGAAGGCGGAGGUUUCGGAGGUGGUGCUGGUGGAGGAGCCGGAGGCGGUGCAGGUGGUGGUUUCGGAGGCGGCGCUGGCGGAGGAAUUGGGGGAGGAUUCUAA